CAUAAAGCCAUUCGAGAAAAAAUGUCUUGGCAUCUAGAAUCACGAUUGACUUCAAGGCUUGAGUUUGACGACGACAACGAGGGAAUCAUUUAGUUGCCAAUUAUAUCGUCCCCCGCGCAUCGUAUUUACAUUGGUUAUUGUGCCAAUUAUAUCCCACGAUGUCGCAAACAAAUGGAUUUACAAAACUAGCCUACUCCCGCACGUGGCAUCACAUCUCUGCCAGUGCCCCGCACAUUCCUCUCUCCACCCUUCGACCUCGUCCAAACCCCUCCUCACCCCCCUCUGUCACAGCCCGCAUCACACCACCACCCCUCGGGCGUCUCGCUUCCCGCAUCGCACUUCUCCUCAUGGGAAAACACAAGCCAAUCUGGGAUCCCUCCACAGAUUGCGGUGACUAUGUUGUUGUUACCAAUUGCGCGAAUCUCCACACUACGGGCAAAAAAAUGUAUCAGAAGAAAUAUUAUCGUCACAACACACGACCUGGUAGUUUGAAGGAAAUCAGUAUGGAGGGUUUGAUGGAUAAAUUCGGAGGCGCAGAAGUUCUGAGGAAGGCGGUCAGUGGAAUGUUACCGAAGAAUCGAUUGCGAGAUGGGAGACUGGGACGAUUGAAGGCGUUUGAGGGCGCGGCGCAUCCGUAUAAGGAAAAUCUGGUUAGGUUUGAGGGAGUAAGGAGGGACCUGAUGCCGGAUGAAGGAUGGACGAAGAAGAAGGCUGAAGAGGCUAAGAUUUGAGGACCUGUAGAGGAAAUGGAUAUAUGAUGAUUGGAAAGGGAGGAGAAGAGCACUAUUGAAUCGGAAAUAGAGUGUGUAUAAUAUGCAUUGGGUGCAUGGGAAAGUGUAUAAGGACACUGUAUAUCAGGUAAAACACAUUAUGAAGUUAAGACGUGGCACUCUGUAUAUCGGGAUUUAUGUCGAUUAUGAAUAUGAUUUUCAUGGUCCGUUUUAAGCCUGGUUUGCUUAGUGGCUACAUAAUGAUCAAGAGAGCAGAGGGACUAUUGUCUUUAAGUUCAAGUGAAAUAAAGGAUCAUAAAGACAUAACAUGCGAGUCUUCAGCAUCUUGUUAGGCCAACUCAAAUCUCAGUCAUAGGACUUCAGUGCUUCAUCCGGACUUGAAUAUUCGAAUGUAGUGUUCCCUGGGGGGCUGAGUUUCAGAGAAGGAGAAAUUUGUGAAGAUUGAGAUCCGUUACAUAUCUUAGGAUAAAGAACCAAAAGGGGUUGGCACCGAAAUGAGUCAUCGUGUAAAUACUGCACCGGUUUCCAUAUUGCAGUCGAUACUUGAAUCAUCGUGUCCUUGAACUGAACAUCAUUUCCGCCAAAUUUUCGUAGCUAGCGCUUCCAAUGAAAUAGUUUCCUGAAGAUAAGAACCCAAGUUCUAUCCACCAAACAUGUUUAACACGAUCCCAUGGCCCCAAUGCUCAUCCAGAUCACAGAUCGAUCCCCUUCAUUUCUACUACCAUCAAUCCCGAAAGUCACAUCAAAGACAGUGUCUUUUCCACCGCUCUAAUUUCCUCAUCUUUUUCCUCUAUCAAUCUCAUCCUCGAGGCUUGUAACUCCGCGAGCUUUACCAAAAGAAACUCCUUUGGCGACAAGUUGCCAUCAGAGCCAUUCUUGAUUGCCAUUAGAGCCGAAGGUGGAAUUGCGUUUCCCAUUUCUUCAUCUUCAAUUGGUUCGGCUCGAGCGCUGGUUUCGAGUCGUGAGACGCAACCACCGAAGCUCGUGCAUUUGCCUCGUGAACUCGUUUUCGAUGCUCCGUGAGAUUAUCUUUGCGUUUGAACCCCCUAGUGUGAGCUUUACAGGUUCUUAUGUGACAGAAGAAUCGAGGCGCCUCGUGAGACCGUUGGUGACGUCAAAGAUCUAAUGGCUUUUUGAAGCAG